AUCGCGCUGACGUCAUCCACGUUGUGUUUUCGCAAUCGCGUCUUGUGCUUCCGGCUUGCAGUCGCAAUCAUGCAAGUUUUAGUAACUUCCCUGUUUUCUGGGCGGACCCUGUGUUUCCAAACCAACGCAGACGACAACACAGCGACGAGCAUCACGGUCGGACACAUAAAAGACCUUUAUGCAACCAGAGAGGGCAUCCAAGCAGAGAAUUUCAAGCUAACACGUCACGGAAAGGUCCUGUCAGAAGACGAUGCUGUCUUUCCUCAAGACACUUUACGCGCAGUAUCAUCCUUGCCUGGAGGCAAAGGAGGAUUCGGGUCUAUGCUACGAGCCAUUGGUGCUCAGAUUGAGAAGACCACCAACCGCGAAGCCUGCAGGGACUUGAGUGGACGACGACUGAGAGAUAUCAACGAAGAGGCGAGGUUAAAACGAUGGAUGGCUCAGCAAGAAGAACGGGAGAGAGAGCGUACAGAGCGUCGCAAGGCAAAACUAGAGCGACUCAAAGAGACACCGCAGCAUAAGUUCGAAGACAGGGACUACCACAAGAAGCGCGAAGAACUGCCACAGCAAAUAGCAGACGCUGUAUCUGAGGGCCUCACCAAAGGUGGCCCAUCGGGACUUAAGCGACCCGCGAAGCCCGCAAAGCCCCUGCCGGCAAAGAAAGGGCUCUGGAUAGAUCCUGACCUGGGUUCCCUCUCGGAGUCUUCAUCCGGCGACGAAGACACAAGUGAAGGCAGCUCAGCUUCCCGGCCGAGCAGAGAGGAUUCCGCCGACGAGACCCGUGAAAGUAAGGACGAAUCGAGUACCGACAAAGACGACCUCAAUGCUGCUCCAACAACAACAAUGAAAGAACCUACGCUGCAAACUGCAGCUACUCCACUUGCAACAUGAGCCACAGACAGAAGUGUGCAAAUUGUAAAAGUUGUAAAUAAACUUAAGUUCAAUUCCA